AGCAGGGAGCCCCCCCGGGGUGCGGGUGACUGGGGGUCUGAGCAGGGACACGCUGCUGCUGCUGCUGUCUGGAGUAAUGAUUGCAUUGUGGGUGUCAGUACAAGUGACGCCAUAUUUGCCGGUGCGGCCGCUGUAAACAACAAAAAGUGUCUGCGGGAGACAGACAAGAGACGCUCCAGUGGAUUUCAGGACAGUCUAUUUGUUGUUGUGGGCGAUCCCUCCGCUCUCUCCUCGCACUCAUGUCUCUGGGAAUGUCUUACAAGCCCAACCUGAACGCACAGCUGCCCGGCAACCACGGGGCAGCAUCGGUAAGUGCACAUUCUCCUUCUACAAGUAUGGGAUUGUCCGUACAAUACAGGCAGCUGGUGAAUGACUAUGGACCUCCAUCUUUAGGGUACACACAGGGUACUACUAGUAAUCAAGUACCCCAAAGCAAGUACGCAGAACUUCUUGUCAUCAUAGAGGAGCUGGGUAAAGAAAUUAGACCAACUUAUGCAGGCAGUAAAAGCGCAAUGGAGAGACUAAAGCGAGGAAUUAUUCACGCAAGAGGUUUGGUACGAGAAUGUUUGGCUGAGACAGAGCGCAACGCCAGAUCCUAGCUAUGCCAAAUCCCACCUUCUCUGAAGCAUACAAAGCUAUUUCCGGAUUUUAUAAACCUUCAGGGCAGUCUUUCUAAAUAUUUAGCCAGUGGGGAUCACAUAACUUUUUGUGAUUUCACUCAUGUACUGUAAAGCUGCUAAACACAAGAUGCAAUUUUUAUUACAAAACAGAAUUUCCAUAUAUAAUAAAGUAGUGUAGACUCUUUCUAAGAGUCCAAGGGAAUUCCUGAGACCUUGCAUCAUAAGCUACAAUAUAUUUUGUUUAUCUUUCUUGUACAUUAAUAUCCAGGUUCUACCAACUUUUAUGCAUUAGAACUAAAUGCUUAAUAACUUGUGAUGGUUUUACAAGAAGAAUGCAUGUUUUCCUUUGUUAAUAAGUUUCUGUAAUUAACUAAAGUAAUGCAAUCCCGUAUUACUCUUAAAAAAAUAAAUCAACUUCCAGUACUUUAAGACCUUGACAUUUGUAUAUACAAUUAGGAAAUCAGUCUGGAGUUAUUUAAGUCUUAAGUUCAGAUCUGUCACUGACAUUUGAUGUUGCUACAGCAUCUGAAAUAAAGUGACUUUUUCCCCCCCAAAAACAAUUAAUGACAUGAUAUACCAUUGACAAUUUAUACUCAGUUUUGUUUUAAGAGGUUUGUAUCAUUGACCUAUGCAUCUGCAUGUCUGUAAAUGCUUUGCUAACCAUUCAACAUGCAUGUGUUCCUUGACUUGAAAAGGGCACAAUUACUUUUCUAUAGGUGGAUUUACAGAUCUAACUUAUGGUUAUUAAUACUUAUUCAUAUUAGGCUGUAAGUGUCGGUGGAGAAAAAUGACGGAGUCUAACUAUUUGCAUCUUUGUAUGUAUUUAUUACUUGAUGUAAUAAAGCUUAUUUUCACUAAC